AUGCUAAUUGUUGGGAUCUAUGGACCGGCUUAUGUUAUUGCUGUUAAGCGUGCAACGGGAAACAUUAUUUGGAAAAAGAAAGUUGAUAGCCAUCCAUAUGCUCUUAUUACCAUGUCUGGAACUUAUUACAAAAAAGGUUUUUAUGUUGGAGUAUCUUCAUUAGAAGAAGCUUCUUCUAUUGAGAAUUGUUGCACCUUUCGCGGUAGUUUUACCAAAUUAGACAUCCACACUGGCGCUAUUUUGUGGAAAACGUAUACACUUCCCAACAACCACGGUAAAAGAGGAGAGUACGCCGGAGGAGCAAUUUGGGGAAGCAGCCCUUCAAUUGAUACAUACAGAAACAAUGUAUAUGUUGCCACAGGGAAUCUAUACUCUGCACCUAAAAGAAUUGAAGAAUGUCAAGAGAGAGAGAACAAUCAGACAACUCCGACUCACCCGGAUGCUUGUAUUGAGCCCGAUAACCAUUCAAAUUCUAUGCUUGCUUUAGAUAUGGACUCGGGCGAGAUCAAGUGGUUUAGGCAGCUUGGAGGAUAUGAUGUAUGGUUCCGGGCAUGUGCAAAUUCAUCCACCCCGAAUUGCCCUCCUGGACCAAACCUUGAUGCGGAUUUCGGUGAGGCACCGAUGAUGCUGAGCGUGUAUGUUAACGGCAGUAAACUUGAUAUUGUCGUGGCUGUGCAGAAAAGUGGAUUCGCAUGGGCGCUGCGUCGAGAUAAUGGCGGCCUAGUUUGGUCUACGGAGGCUGGUCCGGGAGGUGCUGUUGGAGGAGGCACAUGGGGAGCCGCCACUGACAAAAUAAGAGUCUAUACCAACAUUGCCAAUGGUAAUAAACAAAAUUUCACUCUUUUACCAUCAAAGAAAGUCACAACUGGUGGAGGUUGGGUUGCAAUGGAUCCUAGUACAGGCCGAAUUUUAUGGUCAACCGCUCUACCCCACAAUGCCACGACAAAUCCCGUGACUAUUGCCAAUGGCGUCCUCUUUGCCGGUUCGACCUAUAAAACCGGACCAGUAUAUGCCAUCAACGCCAAGAAUGGUAAAAUUCUGUGGUCAUAUGAGACGGGGACGAGUGUAUAUGGUGGAAUGUCCGUUAGUAAAGGAUGCGUAUACGUAGGAAAUGGAUAUCAGCCCCCGCUUUACACUUCAGGAACCUCCCUCUUCGCCUUCUGUGUCGACUAA